CCAACUGACAAGGGCGUGUGUUUUAUUUUAUUUUAUUCAACAGGGAGAGAAAGAAAGGGGAAAAGAAAGCAGAGAAGAGAGAAAUGGCUACCCUGAUUGUUCCUCCAGUUUUAUCUUCGCCUCGCGAUGACGCCAUGCACCUUUACAAAGCUUUCAAGGGAUUUGGAUGUGAUAAAAAAGCAGUCAUUAACAUCCUUGCCCAUCGUGAUGCAACUCAGCGUGCUCUCAUUCAACAAGAAUACAGAGCUAUGUAUUCUGAAGAGCUAACCAAACGCUUGGCCAAAGAGCUUAGCGGUAAUCUUGAGAAAGCAGUCUUGCUUUGGAUGCAUGAUCCAGCUGGAAGGGAUGCUAUCCUAGUGAGGCGGGCUUUGAGUGGUGACACUAUUGAUCUCAGAGCUGCCACAGAAGUGAUAUGUUCACGGACUCCUUCUCAAAUACUACAUUUCAAACAACUUUAUCAUUCCAUGAAUGGUAUCUACCUUGAGCAUGAUAUUGAACUUCACGCAUCUGGUGAUCACAAAAAGUUGCUUCUAGCAUUUGUAAGCACAAUGCGCUAUGAAGGCCCAGAAGUUGACAGAGCUACUGUGGAUUAUGAUGCUAAAGCUCUUUUCAAAGCUGGGGAGAAGAAAUUGGGAACUGAUGAGAAGACUUUUAUACGAAUUUUCUCUGAACGAAGCAGGGCACACUUGGCUGCUGUUAGUGCUGCUUAUCACAGCAUGUAUGGCAGGGAAUUGAAAAAGGCUGUAAAAAACGAAACCUCUGGACAAUUUGAGUUUGCACUCUUGACUAUUUUGCAGUGUGCUGAGAAUCCAGCAAAAUACUUUGCGAAGGAGUUGCACAAGGCAAUGAAGGGCUUGGGGACGAAUGAUACGACUCUCAUUCGGAUAGUAGUCACACGAACUGAGAUCGAUAUGCAGUAUAUAAAAGCAGAGUACCAGAAAAAGCAUAAGAAAUCUCUGAAUGAUGCAGUUCAUUCGGAGACUUCUGGUGAUUAUCGGACCUUUCUUCUAUCUCUUCUGGGUCCUGGUCACUAAUGAAGAGUGAACACCAUAUAGCAGGCAUCAGUGUUGAAACCCAUAUGUAUAAAGCAGGAAGUUUCUGUUGCAUGUUAGUAAGCCAUAAACAAUUAUGCGUUUACUCUCUCUUAAUUGAUGUGUGCUUAAUUGUGAGUUUGGUUGGACAUCCUUUUAUUUUAGCCUUAAUGCUAAACGUGUGAUCUCUCAGAAUGUUGUUGUAAAGGUGUGCCUUCAGAUCGUCACUAAAGAAUCAUCUUUGACUUUUGAGGUAUUCUUGUGACAAAUGUGAUUCUAGUUUGGGGGGAAAAAGAAUCGCCUUUUGCUCU